AUGCACAUUACAAAGCUGUUCAUUGUGGCGCUUUCCUUCGCCUACUUCUCCAAAGCCCUGACGGGCACCUACAUGAAGAGCUCCAUCACUCAGAUCGAGAGACGCUUUGACCUCUCAAGCACACAUGUUGGUCUCAUAGAUGGCAGCUUUGAGAUGGGUAACUUGCUAUUUCUCGCCAUGGUCAGCCAUUUUGGGGCCCAGCUACAUCGACCCAGAUUCAUCGCUGCUGGGUGUUUACUAAUGGCUAUCGGGGCCCUUCUCACCGGUCUGACGCAUUUCUUCAUGGGACUCUAUAAAUAUGACACAGUUAUCCAGGUUCUCCAGAACAGUAGUGUGAGUAUCCCAGCAUGUGUGGAUCCGCUGAAAAAUGAUGGCAUGCCAGGAAUUCAGAUUGAGCCUUCUGUGGAAGACAACAAAGCUUGUGUGAGAGAGUCCAGUUCCCACAUGUGGAUCUAUGUGUUCCUUGGAAACGCUUUGCGUGGCAUCGGAGAAACUCCUGUCACGCCUCUGGGCAUCUCGUACAUCGAUGACUUCGCUAAAGCAGAAAACUCCCCUUUCUACAUCGCCUGUCUUCAAACUAUCACUCUCCUGGGCCCCAUGUUUGGAUUUCUGCUGGGUUCCUAUUGUGCUAAACUUUAUGUUGACAUUGGAUAUGUUGAUAUGGAAAGCAUCACCAUCACUCCAAAGGAUUCUCGCUGGGUAGGUGCUUGGUGGAUGGGAUUCUUUGUAUCCUCUUCCCUGCUACUCAUCUCCAGCAUCCCCUUUUGGUUCCUGCCACGCUCCCUGCCCAGACAAGGGGAUGAAAAGGACAAACCAACUCCUGUGUCCCUAACCCUGGAUGGGAUAGACAGCGCGCUCAGAAGCAACCAAAACCUCAAGAUAACUGAAAUCGCAAAAGGGUUUCUUCCGUCGUUAAAACGUCUCUUGGGGACCCCUGCUUAUUUCUUGCUUCUUUGUGGGAGCAUUCUGAAGUUUAACUCCUUUAUAGGCCUGUUCACUUUCAAAGCCAAAUACAUGGAGCAGCAGUUUGGACAAUCAGCAUCCAGAGCCAACUUCCUCAUCGGAGUGCUGAACCUACCCGCAGUAGCCGUAGGAAUCUUUUUAGGGGGGCUGCUGAUGAGAAGGUACAAGCUGAGUGUGGUGUCUGGAGCUCAGCUCUCGUUUGCUACCUCUUUCAUGGGGUACCUCCUUUUACUACUGCAGUUUGGCACCAAAUGUGACAACAGGCCUGUGGCUGGACUCACUGUUUCUUACAAUGGGACACAGAGUGUAUCAUUCGAUGGAGAGAUGGUCUUUUCAGAGUGUAACAGAGACUGCUCUUGCUCGCCAGAUGAGUGGGAUCCUGUUUGUUCAGACAAGGGAAUCACUUAUGUCUCGCCAUGCAUGGCAGGCUGCCUCAGCUCAAGCGGACGCGGCAAGAACACAGUUUUUCACAACUGCAGCUGUGUGUCCACCUCCUUUCCACCUGGCAGCUCCACGUCAGUGAGGCUGGGUCAGUGUCCGCAUGCUAAAGACUGCAGCCGCAGUUUCACCUCUUACAUGGCCGUUUCUGUUCUCAGUUCCUUCAUCAACUCUCUGGGAGCCACACCCGGCUACAUGGUUAUUAUACGAUGUAUCUCACCCGAUCUCAAAUCCCUUGCAUUAGGCAUUCAGGCUUUAGUAACCAGGACUCUUGGUGGAAUUCCAGCACCAGUGUACUUUGGAGCUCUGAUUGACUCCACUUGCCUCAAAUGGUCCAUUAAGAAGUGUGGAGGCAGGGGUGCAUGUCGCAUUUAUGACUCUAACAUGUACAGAGUCAUUUUCCUCGGUCUGAUUACUUGCCUCAGUGGGACUUCCUAUUUCUUCAUCAUUGCUGUCAUCAUCCUCCUAAAGCGACAGUUUUGGAAAACGGACAGAGAAACCGAGCUGCAACAAGUCAAGGCUUCAAAGCGAAGUGAAAUUAAUGCACAAUCGGAUGCCCCGGAAGAAAGGGUUGCGAGGUCCAGGAGUCCCAAGCUUUCUUCUGGCACAAAAGAAUGCAUUGUACUGGAGAAGGACUUGGAAGGAUUGGGAGAAAUAUCCUGAAACUAGCAGCUCUCUGCAAAUAAUAGUCUAUUU